AUUUUUCUUUCCGACUUCUCUUUUUUUUUUUUCUUCUUUCCCUUUUCGACCCCCAAAGACAUGCCGGACCAUUUGGACGGUCGACUUCAGUCGCUCGGCGGGAACCAAACGGACCAUAGCACGUGACGAUAUAUCUCAGCCCGCUCGCGACUAUAAUUUUUUUUUUCUUUAUUUUCUUCUUUUAAAAAAAUUGACAGCACAAACACAUACCGACGAUACUCGUCUCUCUCUCUCUCUCUUUUUUUUUUUUAAAGAAAAAGUUUUCAACUCAAGACAAGAAGGAGAUAAGAAAAAGAGUGGUGUCCUGUGCAUAUUUUUUUGUUUUGUUUUCGUUUCUUGUGUGUGUGCCGUGUUCUGUGUUUUACAGUGUAUUAUUCAAAGUGGUCUGUGCGUAGACGUAUGUGCUGUAUUCGAAAAAAAAGGAAGACUCCACUUCGGCCAUAUCUGCAUAUUUAAGAAGGAAAAAAAAACAACAAAAAAACAAAAAAAAACGAAAGAAGCUUCUCAUUUUCUUUUCAACUUCGGUCGCGGGAUUUAAAUAUUUUAAGCUCCAUUGCGGUGCGGUCGCCAUGAACGACGGGAUUGUAUUCAUUAUUGUUCGGCCGGCGGUUAUUGCUCGUCUCUGUGCCUCCGUCGAUCACGCUCCGUCGUCAGGGGACAACUAAUCCGGAAGAAAUUCGUUGACGCCCUCUAGGUAAUUUCUUAAGGAUCAGUAGCCAAAGAGAAAGAAUCUUGACCGUCUUGUUUUUGCUCGACGUGGUUCGUCAGUUUUGCAUCCAAGAAAAACAAACGCCAUGAUGAGCUCCGUCUCGACGUUGGUGUUGAUGGGGUUAGCCGUUGCGUGGCUACUAUCCGUGCCAACGACGGCAACAGGCAGCAGCUCAACUAAGGGCCACGAUGCCCUGGAAGACGACACGGACGAUGCGGCGGCGUAUGCGCGUUACAUGGCCGCCACGGAAGCGUCCGCUCCGCUGAUGCAGCGCCGUUCGCAACAGCAUCACGACCCGGCAUCGGCUGCCGUUGGCCGCGCUAGUUCAUCACCUUCUUCGGCUAGCACGGCCGUCAGCAGUAGUCAUAGCGGUGGCGCUGGCAGGGCUCCGUUUAAAAGUAUUUACCGCUCCUCGGGUGGUCACGUGACUCUGCUGCAUUCCACCGACUACUCGGCCGCCCGGCGCCGUUUGGUUCACGUCUGGAGCCCCUGGUCCGCUUGGUCGCCGUGCAGCCGGACUUGCGGAGGCGGAAUCACCGCCAGACACCGCACCUGUAGAAUUGAAUACGCCAGGGUUUCGGAAGGCUCGGGAAUCCGAUCGAGUUAUCAACAAUGCAUUGGAGAAUCCUCUGAAUAUUCUUCGUGUAAUCCACAGUCGUGCUCGACGGCAGCGGCCGGACAUCCCGAAGAUUUCCGGCUGUUUCAGUGUUCGCUCUACAACAAUCGCACGAUCAGGGGGCAUUACGUCGCCACAUGGACUCCCUAUCAAAUGGGACCCAAUCAGUGCGAAUUGAGUUGCAGGGCAGGUAAUAGACCCAACGGUCUGGUCUAUUCAUUCGGUAAAGUGCUGGACGGCACUCGUUGCACCAUCGAUCCUGAAAAUCCUUACAAAGAAUUCUGCAUCAACGGUCGCUGUCUGGCGGUGGGCUGUGACGGACGGGUGGGGUCGGCGGCCAAACGCGACAUGUGCCACGUCUGCGGCGGUAACAACGGCACGUGCCAGCGGGUUGCCGCUGUAACUUUCCCUCAGAGUGCCGACUUUACCGUUAAAACACGCAACCCUCAACGACUGACGGAAACGUAUGGAUAUAGCCCGGUUGUUCGCAUACCCCGAGGCGCUACGCAUAUCCGGUUGACCGAUAACAGCAGUAAUUAUCUGGCUUUAAUGGACGAACGAGAAAGGUAUUUCCUGAACGGCAAUUGGAUCGUCGACUGGCCGGGCCGUUACGAAACAAACGGAGUGGCUUUCCAGUACGAGCGAAUCAAAGACUCGGAAGUCGUGCACAGCCGCGGACCUCUGCAACAAGAUUUGAUUGUUAUGGUCCUGGUGCGAGAGAAAGACCCGGCCAUUUAUUACGAAUACUGGCUACCACGUCAAGCGCAGAUCUAUCGGAUGACCGUCGACGCGUUCACGUCCGACGCUCAGCGGGUUGUCUCGGCUCGUCCGACCGUCGCCCCGACCACCGCCCUGCCCACGACGACAACUCGCAGGCCUGUCACGUCCAGGAUGACGACGUCCAAACCGACGACGACGACGCCAUCGGCCGUUAUUUUCCAGCAUCACAACAGCACGGCCGAAACGAAUCCGAAUGAUUGGGAACAGUACGAGCCCCAACCGACGGCCGCCAGUUUAGUGAGGAGUCCGCCGCGGAUAACUUACGGCGGUUUCAUGGUCCCUUUCUUUAAUUCCAUCACGACGACGACGACGACGCCCAGGACGACGACGGCCACCAGCAAGCCGACGAAGAAGAGCCGGCCCAAGGGCUCGAAGAAAAAAGCGAACGGUGUUCACGAUAUUGAAGAAGUCCGCCAUCAUCUCGGCUUGAUUCACAAAAAACCUCCGAAAACAUCGGCCGUUAGAAGCGGGAUCAGCAACGGACAUCCGGGAUCGUGUUCGGUUGACGGCUCUUGCUGGAAAACGGUCAACGGAAAGAAACAUUUCUGUCUCAGUGAAUUCGUUUUGCGAUGUAAAGUGCUUGGAUAUGAAGUCAUCAACGGCGAGACCCGCUACGAAGUGCAGGUGGUCCAAUCAUACAAGAACAUGAUCCCCAUUUUGAACCGAGAAUUCAUCUGGGCGGAACCGGUAGCCGAUUGUCCCUGCCCGGCCCCUUAUCUCCGAACGGGCACCGACUACAUCAUCAUGGGCAAGACGGACAGGAAAUUUAGACGCAACGAGAUCCGGUUGCUCCUCGACUCGGACAGUUACGUCCGCGUCUACAACCAAGCCAAUGCCGAGCGCGUACUGCGCAUCCGCCGCGACGAGGCGAAAUUCUGUCAGAAAUAUAAAACGAAAUUCAAUCUCACGACCUAAUUCAUUUCUUCUUCUUCUUUUUUAAAUAUUAAUCUGUUUUAGUUUAUUUUGUUGGCACAAUAAGUCAGAUUUAUUAAUGUCUUUUGCAGCAUUUCUUGUAUUGACGUUUGUACUCAACGACCCACCUACAAUACCAGUCCGCUUUUGUGGAGUGGAUUUGUUUGGACAAAAAAAAAAAAUGAAAAAAAAAAAAAAAAAAAACAAGUGACGGUUGAUAUUUGAAAUUUGUUAUUGCCAUUGGCAUCCUUCGAUGUUGUGUCAUUUAGUCUGGCGAUAGACAGUAUGAAUAGCUAAGAAAUUAAAUGUAUAAAUAUAAUAAUCAUGGCAUCAAAUCAUUUUUUUUUUGGUUAGCUUAGCAAUAAUUUGACAUAUGUAAAUAUGCGAUUGUACAACCAACUUUCUGUUUAUCAUUUGUUUUUUUGCGUGCAUAACAUGUCCGUUGGAGUUGCCGUUUUUUUUUCUCCUUCGUCCGAUGAUUGUAAUACAAGCUUUUCGUUUUGACUGUCAA